AUGCAGGAAUCACAUUGGAAGAAACCAGUAGAACAGGAGGUGUCUAGGAUUAUUACCCGACAAGGGACUGUUGUAAAAUACAUGCUGGAUGGGUCCACCGAGAUUCUGUUUGCUGAUGGCACCGUGAUCAGAAGCCCUGAUUCUGGCCCUGUGAUGCCGCCUCGCCCUGUACUGAGUACGCCACAAACAGAGGUCACUCCUCCAGAGCCGAGCAUCAAGAAGCGGAAAGGAACCAAGACUGCAAAGACCGAAGUGCUUGAAAUAGUUGUCCUGGAUCACAUGUUAGAUAAUGAACAACCCCCCGACUCCCACGCAGGCACCUGGAUAACUACCACCCCGUUAGGUGUUCAAGUGGGGACCAAGGGAUCCGAGAGACUAGAACUGAAGCCGCUUUUGGCCUACCAAGCCACUGAUCCGGUGAAUGGAACGGUCAUGACAAUGCGGGAAGACAGGGUGGUCGCAGUAGAGAAAACAGAUGGCUCCAGAUUAGUAGAUCAUGCUGAUGGCACCAGGAUCACCACCUUCUUCCAAGAAUGUGAUGAAAUCAUGAGCGACAGCAGUGAGGAAGCAG